CGCGGCUGUUCGCUUCCUGAACUGCUUUGCUUUGUCGUGUGGUGUUGGUGUUCAAGUGGAUCUUCAUGAUUUAAGUUUAUUUUCUAGUACAAACAAUUUUAUUUUUUCUUGUGAGAGUAUGGGGUCCCAGAAACCUGAUGUUCAGGGUUCCCCUUCUACCAAAGCAGUUAAUUCUAAACCUUAUGGAAAAGUAAUUUUAACGUUAAAGAACUGUUUGUUGCCUGAAGAGAAGCUUUCUCCGACGCCAUCUCAAAUAGAUGGUUUGGACAGAGAAACAGAAACAGAUUUGAGGAUUUUAGGAUGCGAACUGAUACAAACGGCUGGAAUUCUUCUAAGACUUCCCCAGGUAGCAAUGGCUACUGGGCAGGUACUUUUCCAACGUUUUUAUUACUCCAAGUCCUUCGUUAGACAUGGAAUGGAGACUACAGCUAUGGGCUGUGUGUGCCUAGCCUCCAAAAUUGAAGAAGCUCCAAAGAGGAUAAGGGAUGUCAUCAAUGUUUUCCAUCAUAUUAAACAAGUUAAAAGCCAGAAGACCAUAACUCCCAUGUUAAUUGACCAGAACUAUUCCAACCUAAAGACCCAGGUGAUCAAAGCUGAACGCAGAGUACUGAAAGAGUUAGGAUUUUGUGUGCAUGUUAAACAUCCUCACAAGCUAAUUGUGAUGUACCUGCAAGUACUUGAACAUGAAAAGAACCAGACCUUCAUGCAACUGGCAUGGAACUACAUGAAUGAUUCCUUGCGGACUGACGUGUUUUUGAGAUACCAGCCAGAAACGGUUGCCUCUGCGUGUAUUUAUCUCACUGCAAGGAAAUUAAAAAUUGUUCUUCCUAAAAGCCCAGCCUGGUUUUCUAUCUUUGGUGUUUCUGAAAGGGACAUUAAGGAUGUAUGUCUUAGAAUACUUCGGUUAUAUGAAAGACCAAAGCCUAAUGCUGAAGAAUUAGAAAAGCGAGUUGAAAUCUUACGGAAGCAAUAUGAAGAUUCUCGACAGAAAGCUCGUCAAUCUCUUCCAACAAAUACUAACAACAACCAGAACAGUGUCACAGGCUCUGAUCCCAAUACUCCUCAUGGAAGUCAAAGCCCUUCACCUGAUACCCGCAGCCAAUCACAUUCAAGAUCAAGACCAAGUUCGCCUGUGAAAGCUGUCAAAGAUCCAAAACACCAUCGAUCCAGCUGGUCAACCAAUACUGCUCGCAACCACCACACAGAGAAACAUCGCUCAAGUCGGAGCCGAAGUCGGUCGGCGUCAAGGAGCCCCAAAAGAAAUAAGAGGUCAAAAAAGAGCAGGAAAUCACGAACACCAUCUCGCUCAAGAACUAGGUCCAGGUCAAGAACCAGAUCGAGAUCACAGUCACGGGAUAAGCGUAGUAAAAAGAAUCAUAGGAAGGCCAGAAGAAGUAGUUACUCCAGAUCACCAUCCCCGUCACCCAGAGGCAAAAGGGAAAAGAGGUACAAGUCAAGAUCAAGGAGCCCUGUUAUUAGGAAAUCAAGAUCACGCAGUUAUGAAAGAACAGAAAAGAAGAGGUUACGUGUAUAAUAAUCUAAUUUCUUAGACCUUAUUGAUAUUUUUUGGGGUUUUCUCCUCCAGUCAUCAGUGAUACAGUUACAAUACUUAAUAAUCAAUAUUUUCUUUAAAAUUUUGAUGGAAGUUAAAUUUAUCAGUUGUGAGAGGAAAGCAUUUGUUUUAGCAAAGCAAAUGUAAAGACAGUGUUCUUUGUAAUUGUAUUUAAGUAUGUGUUGUGUGCUGAUGUGCCAUGUCAGGUUUAAUGACAAGUGAAACUUCCAGUUAUUGGUAAAUACUACUAGUACUAUAAAUUUUGACAAACAAUUCUCUUUGUUUCCAUAUUACUGUAUUAUUAUAAUUUUUUCCUUUUUUUUUUCAAGUCAAAUGUUGUCUUUAUUGAAAAAGAACCUUCUGUAGAGAAUGAAAUAAUGUCAUGACAAUAGUAAGCUGCGUGUCUUGCCUUGCAAUUAAUCAUCUUUAGUCACAGGAGAGUUGUACCUGAAUGUCCUCGAGUUUUCUUGUAAUCUUGCAGAUGCAAUUAACAUUGUCAUUCAAAUUCACACCUUGCUGAGAAUAGGAAAUAAGAAAUAAGGUGUCCCCGUCAAUGCGAUAAACUCAAGCAUAAUUUGAAACAACAGAUAUUGAAGCCGAGCAUUUAAACACUACAUUUUAAAUUAAUUUUCACCUGUUUUUGUUUAAUUUUUGAACUCUUAGAUGAUAAAUACUUUUCUGUCCAGAAUAUAAGCAGUUAGCAAUUCUAUUAUUUCUUCUCCCAAUAGUAGAUACCUAUCCAAUGUGCAUAGUUGGGCUCAUGCCCACUUUUUCCAAUCAUGACUGGAGACAAUUUAAACCCACCCAUUUACUUUGUCAAAUAUUUCACUCAUCUUUUUAUUCAUACAAACUUUUAACCUAAAAAAUAACUGCCAUUUUUCUUUGUGAAUCAGAACAAUUAUCAUUGUAAUGUCACAUGCUAGUUUUGGUACUCAAAAGUGAACCUCUACCUUUAAGUACUAUAGCAUUAUCAAUUUCUGUGUUAUUCAGUAUAAGCAAUGCAAAACUUCACCAUGUGGUUGAAGCUUUUGUUAAAGUGGCUAUUUUUUUUAUGUACAGGAUGUCACUGGAGAUUGUUUUGUGCGGUGCUUUUCACUCAAGCACCUAGAAAUAAAGAGUCUGUAAUUUUUUAAA